UGGUGCGUAGCUCCCUGGGACUCUGUGGCCAGCCGUCUGUCAGUCCUACCGGUGCUCAUUUGUCUGACGUUACCGCGGAAUGGGAAAGACCGGAUUUGUUUUUUUGCACAGUUACACUGCAUGAAUGUGUCGCGUAAUGCGACCAAGAAGAGCUGCCUUUUCGGGGAAAUAUUUAUGGUUCGGGACGAUUUUGUUGGAGUAGCUAGUUGCUAGCGUUGGGCUAGCGACUGUGCUCUUCUACUUCGAACGUAUUUUGCAAGGAUGCUACGGUGGAUACGACAGCAGCUGGGCUUUGAUCCCCCUCAUCAGAGUGAGACCAGGACGGUUUAUGUAGCAAACCGUUUCCCCCAGCAUGGCCACUACGUGCCACAACGCUUUGCUGACAACAGAAUCAUCUCAUCCAAGUACACAAUUUGGAAUUUUGUCCCCAAGAAUCUGUUUGAGCAGUUCAGAAGGAUAGCCAACUUCUACUUUCUCAUCAUCUUCCUUGUACAGUUGAUGAUAGAUACCCCAACUUCCCCCGUCACCAGCGGUCUGCCUCUUUUCUUCGUGAUCACAGUAACUGCCAUAAAACAGGGGUAUGAGGAUUGGCUGAGACACAAGGCGGACAAUGAGGUGAAUGGGGCUCCGGUGUUUGUUGUUCGCAGUGGAAGUCUGGUCCAAACAAGAUCUAAGAACAUCAGGGUAGGGGACAUUGUCCGUGUGGCUAAAGAUGAAACGUUCCCUGCUGACCUGGUGUUGCUGUCAUCAGAUCGGGCAGACGGCACCUGUCACAUCACCACAGCAAGCCUCGAUGGAGAGACCAACCUUAAGACCCACUACUCUGUGGCAGAGACAGCCGUGUGUCAGUCAGUGUCUCAGCUGGAGGCUCUGCAGGCUGUGGUGGAGUGUCAACAACCGGAAGCUGACCUGUACAGGUUUGUUGGUCGGAUGACGGUGACUCAGCAUGGGGAGGAGAUUGUCAGGCCACUGGGUCCAGAAAAUUUGCUGCUUCGAGGGGCCAGGUUGAAAAAUACCAAAGAGAUUUUCGGUGUGGCAGUUUACACAGGGAUGGAGUCCAAGAUGGCACUCAACUAUAAGUGCAAGUCCCAGAAACGCUCUGCAGUGGAGAAGUCCAUGAAUACCUUCCUCAUCAUCUACCUGGGCAUCUUGCUGUUCGAGGCUGUUCUCAGCACCAUCCUGAAGUAUGCCUGGCAGGCUGAGGACAAAUGGGAUGAGCCUUUCUACAACCAAAAGACUGAACAGGAGAAAAACAGCAGCCCGAUCUUGAAGUUCAUCUCAGACUUCCUGGCAUUUCUGGUCCUCUAUAACUUCAUCAUCCCCAUCUCACUCUACGUCACGGUGGAGAUGCAGAAGUUCCUGGGCUCCUUUUUCAUUGGCUGGGAUUUGGACCUUUACCACGAGGAAACCGACCAGAAAGCUCAGGUCAACACCUCUGACCUCAAUGAGGAGCUGGGGCAGGUGGAGUAUGUUUUUACUGAUAAGACGGGUACGCUAACGGAAAACGAGAUGCAGUUCCGUGAGUGUUCAAUUAAUGGAACCAAGUACCGGGAAGUUAACGGCAAACUGGUACCGGAGGGAAUGACUGACGAUUCACCAGAUGGUUCUACGCCUCACCUGAUUGGUGAGGAAUUGUUAUUUCUGAAGGCGGUGUCACUGUGUCACACAGUUCAGAUCAGCUACGACCAGCCAGACUGCCUGGUUGGUGGAGGAGACCCAUUCUCUCAUGCAAAUGGUUUCUCUUCCAAUCACAUGGAAUACUAUGCCUCUUCACCGGAUGAGAAAGCUUUGGUAGAGGCAGCAAAGAGAAUCGGAGUAGCCUUCACUGGCAGCAGCGGAGAUACCAUGGAAAUCAAAACAUUUGGCAAGUCAGAGAAGUAUAAGCUGCUGCACGUAUUAGAGUUUGAUGCUGACCGUAGGAGAAUGAGUGUGAUACUACAGACUCCCACAGGAGGCAAAGUGCUGUUCACCAAGGGAGCAGAGUCAGCCAUUUUGCCGUUCACUACCAGCGGUGAGAUAGAAAAGACGAGACUGCACGUUGAUGAGUUUGCCCUGAAAGGUUUGCGGACCCUGGUGGUAGCAUGUCGUCACUUCAGCCCAGAGGAGUACAUCGAAGUGGACAGGCGUCUUAAUAGUGCCCGCACUGCGCUGCAGCAGAGGGAGGAGAGACUGCAGGAGGCCUUCAGCUACAUUGAGAGAGACCUACAACUCCUGGGAGCAACGGGGGUGGAGGACAAACUCCAGGACAAAGUCCAGGAGACCAUUGAGGCUUUACGACUGGCAGGGAUCAAAGUAUGGGUGCUGACAGGGGACAAACAUGAAACAGCGGUCAGUGUCAGCCUUUCCUGUGGCCACUUCCACAGAGCCAUGAACAUCCUGGAGCUCCUGCAGCAGCGCUCUGACAAUGAGUGUGCUGAACAGCUCCGUAGACUGGCCAGGAGGAUAAAGGAGGACCAUGUCAUACAGCACGGGUUAGUUGUGGACGGGGCCAGCCUGUCUUUAGCAUUGAGGGAGCACGAGAAGCUCUUUAUGGAAGUGUGUAAAAACUGUUCAGCUGUGCUGUGCUGUCGCAUGGCUCCUCUGCAGAAAGCUAAGGUGGUACGUCUUUUAAAAACAUCUCCAGAGAAACCCAUCACUUUAGCUAUUGGGGAUGGAGCCAAUGAUGUCAGUAUGAUACAGGAAGCCCACGUGGGCAUAGGUAUCAUGGGGAAGGAGGGUCGUCAGGCCGUGAGAAACAGUGACUAUGCAAUUGCCAGGUUUAAGUUCCUGGCUAAAUUACUGCUGGUCCAUGGUCACUUCUACUACAUUCGAAUAGCUACGCUUGUACAGUACUUUUUCUACAAGAAUGUGUGUUUUAUCACGCCCCAGUUUUUAUACCAGUUCUUCUGCUUGUUUUCUCAACAAACUCUGUACGACAGUGUUUAUCUGACACUGUAUAACAUCUGCUUCACCUCACUGCCCAUCCUGGUGUACAGUCUGUUUGAACAGCUGGUCCAUCCUCACAUACUGCAGAAUAAACCUGGCCUGUACAGGGAUAUCAGCAAGAACUCUCUGCUGUCUUUUCGGACUUUCCUGUACUGGACUCUGUUGGGCUUCUGUCACGCCUUUGUCUUCUUCUUUGGAUCGUACAUACUGAUGGGAGAAGACACCACGCUCAUGGGCAAUGGACAGAUGUUUGGAAAUUGGACAUUUGGAACGCUGGUCUUUACUGUCAUGGUCAUCACAGUCACAUUAAAGCUCGCUCUAGAGACUCAUUUCUGGACGUGGAUGAACCAUUUUGUGACAUGGGGUUCGAUUGCCUUCUAUUUCAUCUUCUCUCUCUUCUAUGGAGGCAUCAUCUGGCCAUUCCUCCACACCCAGGACAUGUACUUUGUAUUUGUGCAGCUGCUGUCAAGCGGCUCUGCCUGGUUUGCCAUCAUCAUUAUUGUCAUCACUUGCCUCUUUCCUGAUGUGGUUAAGAAGGUCUUCUACAGACAUCUGCAGCCCACCAACACACAGAAGAGUCAGUCUCUAUCAGCCCCCCAGGCGCAGGGCCUCAGUUGUGUGGAGUCCAUGUGCUGCUACCAACAUGGGCAGAGCGGCUGUUCCCGCCUGGCCCGCUUCCUGGAGCAAAUGACUGGGCAGUGCCAGGCCAGUGCCAACCAUUGCCACGCAUCCAGCCGCAGCAACAGGUGGGGAGGACGACGACAACAACAAACAAUGAUAAUGAAUCCUGAUGAAUCGUCACCACCACUAGGUUUCAAAAAUUUGGGCUGCAGUUCUGACUGCUAUAGCCCAUGAUGGGGCUACGACUCUACUGUCUUGGAGUGACACGGAGAACUUCUACUCCAACGAUCGCAGCAUCCUGACGCUGUCACCCAUCGAAGCCACCCACUGCUGACUCCCAGGGCCACUGACUGUAACUCACAGACCCGGGGGAGACUUACCACUCCACCAUGAGUCAUAAUCACACCCCUGCCACCAUUUUAUGAACCUACUUCACUUUAAACUCAAUGCAGCUGGAUGCAAAUCGGACUCAAAUGGAAGUUGUAGCAUCAUUUUGAAACCAAAGGACUAGGCCCCUUUGCAGCAGGCUGCGUUAUCCUCCACUAAUUUGUGUCCCAGAGUGAAUCAAUUCUUGGUAGAAAGGUUGAAAAGGAUGUCAGAUGGGAGCUGCAACAUGAAAGGAAAGGAAACACGAAGUGUGGAGCGAGUCAGCGCGGCAUGAAGCAGACAUCUGUGGAUGUUGCUCCUGUAGAAACAUCACGUCAGCAUCUUAGCAGCAACAAUGAGAUUCCUGCUGCUAACACGGCGUCUGUGAGUCCUACAGAACAAUCUGAAAACAUCAUAUUUGAAUUCACUACCUUUGAAAGCUGUCAAAGAAGACAUGUUUAGUCUUACUUAUAACUUAUCAGCUCAUGAACUCUUAUGCAGCUAUUUUUCAUUUUCAAUACAGUUGCCAAACUUAUUUUUUACUUGCAACUGGCAUCACAGUGACCUUGUAAAGUCUCACAUAUCCGCAGACACAGAAUGGAGAUUCCUGAUCUAGUCUUGACUUUUUGCUACGAACGUUAGCUAAUGUCAGGCAUCACCCCUGCUCGAAGCAUUGCAGCCUGAGGACUGUAACCUAAUCCUGCUGGUUGGGUCAAGUUGACUGUCCUCACCACAGGACAGAGGUGGUUUGACAACACCUCAAACCAGGAUCAUCCAUGUAGCACCAGGACAGAAGCUCAGCAGAGUCAGACUACAUUAGGAAAACAUCUCAGCCCUUGCAGCUAAGGCCCAUCACCACUUCCACAAACCUCCAACCCGGGUGUCUCUAUGCGCCAUCAGCUGCACUGCUGCACCUUCAUUUCUCAUUCAGAUUGAAAGGGAAAAAGCUAGACCACCCACAGUCCUGUAGCAUUUAGAUCCUUUGCCGACCCAGCGGUUCUGCUAACUUGUUUCCUUCAGAUGGUACGGUAUUCCCUCGAUGCUGUACGUGGAGCCUCAUCUCUACUGUGGUACCAAAGACCAAAGGAUUCAGAUUCAGAGUUUAACAGAAAAAGUGUUUAUUUUUGUGCCUGAUUGUACAGAAGCUUAUAUUAUUGUUAAGAAGACAAUUAUUAUUAUUCGUGCUGCUUUCUCGUCUUGACUGUUCAGGCCUCUGUCUCCCUGGUGCGUCGUUCUAAAGGAGCCCAGAAGGGGUCUGUUUAAAAAGCCAUACAUUUUCAAAAGUUUAUUUUAUUGAUAGAUUAUUGAAGGUACUGCAGACAGAAGCUGUUUGAGCCUGUUGUUACUUUGUACUUGUUCCCCUUGAAUGCCUUUUCUCAUUCAGCCUGGUUUGCAAAGGCAUCUCAGCAUCAAAGACCAUGAUGUCGGGGAAAUAUUUUGAGGUAAUAAAAGAAAUCAAGGCAGCAAAAUGGACUUAAUCAGGUUUUACAACAUCUGCACAAACAAAAUUUAAGGUGGAAUAAUCCCUCUUAGCUGCCUAAAAAUAUUCCCCAGGUGUCCGAUCAGAUAAUGGCAUCAUUUUGAUGUCCGCAAGACAAAAAUGGCUUUAAUGGCGAGAUGCUUUUCCAAGUCAGGGCUAAUGCAUGUUGACCCAGACAGCAGAAUGUCUCUAUCUUUAGAGUGAUAGAUUUAUCAGAUAUAUAUGAUUCAGCUUCAACCGAGAUGAAAAGAAAAGCAGAGCGUUUGCACAAGUCACAUAUCAAAAUCACAUUUCUUUUCUUUCAUUUCUCAAAUCAUUGCUCGUCUGUCACCAUUGAAAUCAUCUGACUCGUGUUUUUGCUGUUGCGUUGUUUUUGCUGUGUAUGUUUCUAUCCACCUGUUUUGAUGAAGUGUGUGUGUGGGUGUGGGUGUGUGUGUGUUCCUCUGUAUGGCAGCCAUGUUGGUUUAUGGAAGUUUGGUACUUAGCUUUGUAAGUUCUUGUAAGAUCAGUGACCACAUGCUGCCACCAGGUUAAAGGUCAAAAGUUUGUCUUUGAUGUAUGUAUGCCCCCCCC